UUUGAAAAGAAGUAGUUGACAAUGCCGAAGAGACAGAAAACGAAAGAAAAUUAUCAGCUUUCCUCGUCAGAGCCUGAAUGUGAUGAAAGAUACUUUUUAAACCCAGAAUCAGUGAGCCAGCACCUGUUUUGUUCCAUAUGCCAAGAGGUUUAUGUCAAUCCAUAUAGAGCCCCGUGUGGACAUAGUUUCUGCAAAAGAUGUAUAUUACCAUGGCUUAAUCAAAGCAAAACAUGUCCAGAAGACAGAAAACCCGUUCAUCCAAAAGACUUGCAUCAUGACUUCAUCCUGGAGAAUAUCAUAGGAGAUCAGAUGGUCACGUGUCCGUUCAGGAAACAUGGCUGUGAUUUUAUUGGACAUUUAGCUAUGCUUUCAUCUCACUUGAAAAACUGUGACUUCAAUCUAAGCAAUCUGCCAGAGUUUCUGAAGACGCAUCUAGUUGACAGCCCAUUUGCUAAAGGCCCAUUAAAAGAAAAAACAAAUACCCCAUUAUCAGAAGAUGAGGAGGCAGAUGAUCUACCUACACCAGUGAAACCCUCCCUUAAGAUGCGUCUUUUUAGAGCUGGAGGUGGAUCGAGGCAGUUAUUGUGUUCAAUGUUUGACAAAGAUUCACCGGGUAGUUCUUAAA